AUGCACAGCAUGGUUGCGAGCCGUCAAAAUGAGGCUCUCGUGAUGAUAUGCUUCUUUCCUGUUCUUUCGACAAUCUUUGUCGUGUUACGGACCUACUCUCGCUACUUGAGUCGAAACUUCGGAUGGGAUGAUCACUUGAUCUUACUGGCAACGCUACUACUAUUGGGCCAGACCUUGACAGUGUACAAAUAUGUGUUAGUGAGCGGUACUGGAUAUCAUGUUCACGAUCUUCCCAAGCAGACCGUUGCAGAGAAGAUCACCGCACUGAAAUGGAGUUUCGCAGUGCAGAUGUUCUAUCACCCACUGAUGUGUGCCGUCAGAGCAAGUAUCAUCAUGUUCCUGUUCCGUAUGAAGGACAACCGCCGGCGCAUCCGAGUAUCACUGUACAUAGUCUUCUGGUUGAACAUUGGAUAUACGGUCGGAACUACACUAGGGAAUAUAUUACAGUGUGACCCUGUACGAUAUACCUGGCUACGCCCUGAGAUGGAUCAAUAUGACGCUGAUGGUAAUGUUCUGGUCAAAGGGGGGACCUGUAUUGAUUCUCGAGCUUUUGUUCUCUCAAGUUGCGCGCUCAGCAUAUUCAUGGACAUGGUCAUCAUCCCUAUACCCACUCUCAUGGUUUGGAAUUUGCAGAUGAGCGUCAAGACAAAGAUGCUUGUCGUUGGUGUAAUGAGUAUGGGCUGGAUCGCCACAGGGGUGUCUGUCGGCCGUCUCAUAGUGUACUAUUACCGCGUUGCACCCACCAAUCUCGACCGAACCUGGGAUAUUGGCAUUGUCAUCUCCAUCGCUGAGCCCGCCGUCCAUAUCAUCACGGCUUGCGCCCCAGCCACUAAGGGUUUAUUCCGCAUCUUGUUCCCAUCAUUCAACUCAGACUACCCAACCUACGACGAAAGCUAUACUCCGUAUACCCCUUCGACUUCGAAGUUCGGCUCGCGCACUACGGGCUCGAAAAAGCAAUCUUCGAUGGGAUUCAACUUUGGUUUAUCAACAAAAGGCGCCGAAGAGGGACAAGAUGUCGUUAUAACGGAGAGAGCAGUAAACAGCCCAAAAGCAGAGGAUGUGUAUGGUAUGAAACCCCUCGGGAGCAUUGAUUCGAGAGAGCAGAUUGGACAUGACGAUUACGAAAGGAGCACUGAUGCCACGGCGAGCAAAUCGAACACGAAUUAUAGCAGGGACGACAGCGACAUUAUUGAGGCAGAACCAAAGCACUCGUUUGGACAUGCCAGAUGA